AUCAGAAAUCCAAAAAUGGAGCUCCUGGUUAGACUGAUCUAUUUAGCUAGCCUGUUGGCGGUUGGUGAGCCUCAUGGGUACAUGAUUGAGCCCCCAAUGCGAUCCUCCAUGUGGCGAGUCUACCCGGGAUUCCCCCCUAAUUACAACGACAUGGAACUCUUCUGUGGGGGUGUAACGAAACAAUGGGAUGAAAUGGAUGGAAAAUGUGGAACUUGUGGCGAUGCUUACGACGCAGAAGUUCGUGAAAACGAGGCUGGUGGAAUGUAUGCUACAGGCGCCAUUGGUCGAAAUUACACACGUGGACAAGUAAUCAAGGUUGGAAUUCAACUAACAGCAUCUCACUUAGGCAACUUUCAGUUCAAAAUUUGUCCUCAUAACAACCCAACCGUGCGAGUUUCUCAAGAAUGCCUUGAUCAACAUAGACUUAAUUUAGCGGGAACCGAUGAGCAUCACUUCUAUCCGAAGGAUACCGGAUUUUACGAAAUAGAACUUCAGCUUCCAGAAGACAUGGUCUGUUCACAGUGUAUCCUUCAAUGGCACUACACAGCUGGUAACACAUGGGGCUGUACAGAGGACGGAGAUUGUUGUCUUGGUUGUGCCUCUAAACAAGAGACAUUCAUUAACUGUGCAGAUGUUACCAUCUUCGACAACGACGAGACGGUUCCUUCCACCUCUGCACCAUCCACUGAAAAACCUACAACCAAAGCCCCUGAAACCAACGCUCCAACGACCCCUGCCCCAACCAAUGCCCCAACAACACAAGCUCCAACGACUCCUGCCCCAACAACACAAGCUCCAACGACUCAAGCCCCAACUGAGGCCCCUACAACAACUCUGCCAACACACGAGACAACAUCUGCUGAAUCCGUGUUGAUGGACUGCCCACCUGAUUAUACCUUGAUGUGUGACGGCGUGGGAGAUUUGGCGGGAGACCUUACUCGACAGCAGUUCUGUAACGACCACUGCCGAAAGAAGACAUCCACGUGUACCUCAGAGUUCUGUACAUGUACAUGUCAGAAGAUAUCCUGCAAGUCGAUUGGUCCGUUCGAGGGGUCGAGGACCCAUGACGACUGGUGUCAAAUGAUGUGUACACAAGAUUUCAACGGCUGUCCAGAACUUAGCAGCGAGUGUGAAUGUACCGAAGAUGCUUAA